AUGCUGGACAGCCAGAAAGGCUUUGUACCAUUACCAGGCGAACGGAUCAUGCACAAGUCGACCCCAAGACUGGCUUUGGCCAUCACUACUCCAGCCACGUAUCCCGGCAAUAAUCCCUUGGCCAUUCACUGCAACUCGGGCACAGCAUAUAUCACAAACCAAAGAAUCAUUUAUCUUCCGGACACUGCCACUCCAGAGCUCAAAUCGUUUUCGGCGCCACUACUAAACAUCCAUGACUCUUGUGUCUCGAUGCCCUGGUUCGGACCGAAUGCAUGGCAAGCGGUACUUCAGCCAGUGCCCGGCGGCAACAUCCCGACCGCCCAUGCCAACAUCGAACUCAAGUUGACGUUCAAAGAAGGCGGGGCCCCAGACUUCCAUUCGACUUUCGAACGAAUCAAGGAGAGACUGCAACAAGUUGUGUCGACGGCCAGGGAGGAAAACCUGACUGGCGGACGACAGGACAGUGUUCUGGACAAUGUGAACCUCGACACUGUUCAUCUGGACCAACUGCCUUCAUACCAGGAGUCUGGAAGUGACAGAGUAGCGUCGUACCAGGGCGCAGACCCUCCUGACCUGCUUGAGUCGCCGGGUGGCAUCAGUCAACGGACACCUCCGCAAACGGGCCCGUCGGAACCUCAGCCGCCGCCUGAUGCGCCGCCCGGGUACGAGGAGACACAACAGCAGAGCAUUCAGGCUGAACUGGAGCGACGAUUGUCUCAGUCUCAGCGGUAG